CCUUCUGGUAAAGCCUGACCUGCCCUACAGAAGUUCAGACACUCUUCUGUAUACCAACCAUGGGACCGGAACAAAUUCUCACUCGGCUAACCAUCGCAGCCUGUGGGUUCCUGCUUCUCCUCCAGGUCCAGGGUUGAGAACAACCGCUCCAUGGCCUCUGCUUCAGUUCCUUCCUUGGGUUGCUGCCCUCCAGGACUGUAAGCUGUAAGACAAAGCCAGGAUUCAGCCAGUCCCAUCAGGACGACACACACAGGCCAGAUACGGGGAAGCCUAGUCCACAUGAAGGGCCUUGAUGUGGGCGUUCAUUCUUUCCUGGGAAUUCCCUUUGCCAAGCCACCUAUAGGACCACUGCGUUUCGUACCUCCUGAGCCUCCUGAAUCGUGGAGUGGUGUGAGGGAUGGGACCUCCUAUCCAGCCAGGUGCCUGCAGGACAUCGCUGCAAUGAAUAUGCAGGCUCUCAAGCUGUUGAAGCUGACCUUGCCUCCCAUCCAUAUGUCUGAGGAUUGCCUAUACCUUAACAUCUACACACCAGAUCAUGCCCAUGAGGGUUCCAAACUGCCUGUGAUGGUGUGGAUCCAUGGUGGUUCACUGGUUAUAGGCAUGGCUUCCUUGUAUGAUGGAUCCAUGCUGGCAGCCAUUGAGAAUGUGGUGGUAGUCACUAUCCAGUACCGCCUGGGAGUCCUGGGCUUCUUCAGCACUGGAGACCAGCAUGCCAGAGGCAACUGGGGAUACCUGGACCAAGUGGCCGCCCUGCGCUGGGUCCAGCAGAACAUCGCCCACUUUGGAGGCAACCCUGACAGGGUCACUAUAUUUGGCGAGUCAGCAGGUGGCACAAGUGUGUCUUCACAUGUUGUAUCCCCCAUGUCCCAAGGACUAUUCCACAGUGCCAUCAUGGAGAGUGGGGUGGCCACGAUACCUGGCCUCAUCUCGACAUCCCCUGACAUAGUCUAUAGAACGGUGGCCAACCUGUCUGGGUGUGAGCAAGUGGACUCAGAGGCCCUGGUGAACUGUCUUCGAGGCAAGAGUGAGGAGGAGAUUAUGGCUAUUAACAAGGCCUUCAAGAUCAUCCCUGGUAUAGUGGAUGGCAUCUUCCUGCCCAGGCAUCCCAAGGAGCUGCUUGCCUCGGCUGAUUUCCAACCUGUCCCCAGCAUUAUUGGCAUCAACAAUGAUGAGUAUGGCUGGAUCAUUCCUUCGAGCUUGAGCAACACUGACUCCCAGAAGAAAAUGGAUAGAAAGACUGUGCAAGCUGUACUUCAGAGGAGGGCAGCCCAGAUGAUGUGGCCUCCUGAAUUUACUGACCUGGUGAUGGAGGAGUACAUGGGGGACAAUGAGGACCCUCAGCUUCUCCAAGUGCAGUUCAAGGAGAUGAUGGAAGAUAUCAUCGUUGUGAUCCCUGUGCUGCAAGUAGCACAUUUUCAACGUUCCCAUGCUCCUGUCUACUUCUAUGAGUUCCAGCAUCGGCCCAGCUUCUUCAAGGACUCCAAGCCACCCGAUGUAAAGGCUGACCAUGGUGAUGAGGUUCUCUUUAUCUUCAGAUCAUUUUGGGGAGGCACCCAAAUUGAGCUCACUGAGGAGGAGGAGCUUCUGAGCAGGAGGAUGAUGAAGUACUGGGCCAACUUCGCAAGAUACGGGAACCCCAACAGCGAGGGUCUACCCUAUUGGCCCGUGUUUGACCAUGAGGAGCAGUACCUGCAGCUGGACAUCCAGCCUGCGGUGGGCCGAGCCCUGAAGGCCAGAAGGCUGAAGUUCUGGACCAAGACUCUGCCCCAGAAGAUCCAGGAGUUAAAGGAGGUUGAGGACAGACAUGCAGAGUUGUAGCACCCUGUGUCAAGUGCAGGUGGGGUUAUUCUGAGGUUUCCAAACACCUUAAGAAGAGACAUAGGGAAGCCACAUUUUUACAUAGUCAUUGCGUUCAUACACCCAACAACUACGAAGUCUUCCAUACAAAAUACAUGUUCCUUGCUAAGCCUGACAAGAGUCACUUCUGUUACAUACAGCAAACAUAUAUCCAUGCACAUAUGGAUGGGUGAGUCCCAACAGACAACACCCCUUCCUUGCAUGGCCCCUCCCUCCCUCUCUUUCUCCUCCCCCCUCCAUCCUCCCCAUUUCUUCUCCUCUCACUUCUCAGGCCCUCCACUACUAGUGAUGUCCCUUGGGGAGGAUUUCACUAAGCUGGGUGACUGAACCCCCUUUUCACAUCUCAGCAAGCUCCUAUAUUCUAAUAGAUAAGGACAAAUUUUAAAGAAAAUCAGAUACUAAAAGCCCCAGGAGUUCAUUCUAGGGCUAUCACACACAAUUAUCGCAACAGGUAGCUUCUAUACAACAAAAAUUUAUUGCUAUCUGUUCUAGAAGCUGAAAAUUCUGAGGACGCUGACACCCAAUUUGAGAUCUAAGGUAUCUGGCUCAUAGGCAGCACUUGGCCCUUCCUGCCACAAACCAGCAAACACACUCCCACAGGCACAAUCCAUACAAGCUUCAUGUUAGCCCAUCUUCUAUUGUUACAACAAAAAAUCCGAACCAACUACUUAUUUUUUUUAAUUUAUUUUUCUUUUUAGUUACAUUUUGUUAACUCUGUGUCCCAGCUGUAUCCCGCUCCCUCAUUCCCUCCCCAACCCCACACUCCCUCCCUGGUCUCCUCCCUGCCCCUUUCCAAGUCCACUGAUAGGGGAUGACUUCCUCCCCUUUCAUUUGACCCUGUUUUAUCAGGUAUCUUCAGGGCUGGCUGCAAAGUCCUCCUCUGUGGCCUAACAGGACUGCUCCUCCCCUGGGGGAGCAGGAACACGUGAUGAAAAGUCCUCAUUUGGCAGCAGAUCAGACAGCAGAGAGAGCCCGAACAAAACCAGGGGCCUUCCAGGACCUGUGUCUGACUUAGGCUUUCUACUGCUGUGAUGAAAAGCCAUUACCACAGUAACUUACACUUCCCAUCAUACUCUGUCACUGAAGGCAGUCAGGAAGGCAGGAGCUGCUGCCGAGGCCAUAAAGGGGUGCUGCUUACUGACCUCCUCACAGCUCACUCAGCCUGGCUUUCUUACAGAACCCAGGACAACCAGCCCAGGGGUGGCACCACCCACAAAGGCUGGGCCCUCCGCCAUCAAUCGCCAAUUAAGUAAAUAAAUAAAUUGUGAAGAAAAAAAAAAAAAAAGAGAAAAUGUCCUACAGGCUUGCCUACAGCCCCAUCUUAUGGAGAUAUUUCCUCCAUUGAGAUUCCCUCAAUUUCAGAUGAUAUUGGCUUGUGUCAAGUUGCCUUAAAAGUAUCCAGCACAGCUUGGCCCUAGAGACCAACUCUCUCCAGCCACACCCUGAUUCCUGGGGGUCCACAGCCUUCAAACUAGGGUCCCAAGCUGGAGGCCAAGCGUUCAAAACAAGUUCUUCAAAACCUUACAGGGACAUUCAAAUUGAAACCCAAAGAAAAUGUAGCACACUCACACACACGUGUGUGUGUGUGUGUGUGUGUGUGAAGUAUAUAUACAUACACUGUAUGUAUAUGUGCGUAAACACAUAUGUAAGAAUGUAAGUAUACACAGAGGAAUGUAAGAUAUACAUAAAGAAAUGCUCUUGGAAUGACUGGUGAGAUGGCUCAGCAGGUAAAGGCAUUCACUGCCCAAGCUUGAUUAUCUGAGUUUGAUCCCUAAAACCCACAGUGGAAGAGGUAAAUUCAAGGAAAUUGUCCUCUGACCUCCACACCUGCAUGUAUCUGUAUGCAUUCAUGCAUGCACACACACACACACAACACACACACCAUAUCACACAAAAUAAUAAAUAAAUACAAUAUUCCUGUGA